UAUCAUUAAUAAUAGAAUUUUCAUUUAAAUUUUAACAAUGUUAAAAUUGAUAUUAUUAUUUUUCUUUUCCAUUGUUCAUUCUCAAAAUGUUCCUCUUGCAUUAUCAUGGGACAUAUUACAGUCUUGUUUGUCGUGUUUGAAAACAGAAGAGAAUCUAUUCUUGAUACGAGGUGGGGACGAAAUUUGUGUACCGUGCCAUAAGUUUCCAAAUAAAGAUGAUGAAGAAUUUAUUGCUUUACAUUUUGUCGCCUUCCCGGAGUUUUGCUAGUGCAGAUUCCUAAUAACUUCAUUUCAUGGACGUGAUGUGGGAUGUGGAAAUUUUGGAGAACUGCCCGUGCAUCUUUUAAAUGCAUGGAUGGACGAUUCUUCAUUGAAUAUUUCCCAGUUCGUGUUCAAUUGGCCCUUUCUGCAACAAUCCUUGCUUGAAAUUCCAACAACGACUCCAUUAACCCCCGAACAGUCAACAAUCAUGACGACGACAAUUCCUUCAUCAGCAGAGAUUCCCUCCUCGGAACAGACAACGACCAUUUCUUUUUCAGAAACGACCCCAAUGUCGCCAACGACCUCCCCCAUCAGUCCGGUUUAUGAAGUCAGCGAUGACGAGACAGUUAAUCAAGCGACGACUCACUCGUCUCCCUUCGUCACGGAAAACACAGAGCCGGACACCGCGAGGACGACAGGAAAGGAGUGGACGGAACAAGUGGGAGCGUCCUGGUGGGUGUGGUGUAGUAUCGGUUAUGUGGCAGGAAUGCUGACAUGGGUUGUCAUCUGGGUGCUCGUCAUAAUGAGUAGUUGGAAACAAAUAUUAGCCAUGUAAACAUAUUAUUAAUUUUGAAGUGAAUAC